CCAACCCAGAUUGCUGCAUCUACAUAGUCUUGCGACUAGGAAGCAGCCGCUGUCAGGUCCAACCUAAUACAUCUAGUUCCCUGAGUGGGCCUGGAACCUGUGGCAUCCUACGAUCUCCCUUAGAGGAUGUCCGACCGUCCUCUCCGUUCGGAGCACCCGUCCCAUGAGGGGACGCCUGCCCCCGAUACCUCAACAACACCAGAACAGGGGAGAGGCCCUGGUGCGUCGCACGACACUUCUAUCGGAACCUCGGAUCGAGUGUUUCCAAUCCGGUCACUUGUCUCACUUGACCCCUCGACGCGCAGCGAUGUCCCCUCACACGGCAUGAACCCGGCCUUAUCUCCUACCGGAGGCGCCCGUCGUUAUUCGAUUAUCGACGAUCAAACUUGGACGCGAAUGCGAUCAGAAUCCGACAGCAGGACAAAUUCGAUUGACUUGAGUGGCGGUACUCGACCUACCCCGCAGACCUCCGAGCCCGCAUCUUCUCAGCGGAUGUCCGAAUCGUCUACGCGACCUCGAUCGAACACUUCAGCGUUACGGAAGGAUGAUGACAACACAAUUCUUACUCCUACCUCUCAAGACGAGCCCGACCAGGAGGCUUACCAGCUUAUGACCUCGCGCUUUCGUCAUGUGGUGACCGACGACGGACACGCUGUGAUAACCGGGAGGACUGUCGACUCGUUCAAAGCCUGUGAAGAUGAGCCGAUCCAUAUCCCGGGCGCAAUUCAAAGCUUCGGUGCUUUAGUUGCUGUAUGUACGGGGCCGAACGAGGAGAUGAUCGUUCGCAUCGUGAGCGAGAACUCAAAAGACAUUCUCGGUUACUCGCCGAAUGACCUCUUCUCACUUCCUACCUUCUGCGAUAUUCUCUCGGUCGAUCAGGCAGAUACAUUUUUGGACCAUGUGGACUUUGUCAGGGAUGAGGGUUACGACGCGGCGGUGGAUGGCCCGGCCGUGUUUAUUCUCACAGUGAAUGAACCCAACGGUAGCAUAAUUCGAUUAUGGUGCGCCAUGCAUAGCAGUCCCGAAACCAAUGGCUUGGUAGUCUGCGAGUUCGAGCUGGAGGAGGAUGACGUCAACCCUCUGAUGGUGCCGGGCCACAUCUCGCCUGGGACCCCAGCGAAUACUCUAGAUGUGACGCCGACGACGGACCAGAUGGCCGCUAGUACGACCACGAUAAAUCAGCCAUUGCGCAUCCUGCGCCGUGCACGCCGGCGAAAAGGCGAAACAGCUGCGAUGGAGGUUUUCAGCAUUGUCAACCAAAUCCAGGAACAACUGGCCCGUGCGGAUAGCAUGGAGACCCUUCUGGAUACAACUGCGGGCAUUGUAAAGGAGUUGACGGGCUUCCACCGUAUCCUGGUCUACCAGUUUGACUCGGAGUUUAAUGGUAAAGUUGUCGCGGAACUAGUCGACCCGACCAUGAGCAUCGAUCUGUUCAAGGGUCUGCACUUCCCAGCUGCUGACAUACCAAAACAAGCGCGAGACUUGUACCGGAUUAAUAAAGUUCGGCUACUCUAUGAUCGCGACCAUGAAACCGCACGGCUGGUGUGUCGGACGCUUGAGGAUCUCGAAACACCCUUGGACAUGACUCACGCCUGUCUCCGCGCCAUGUCUCCUAUCCACAUCAAAUACCUGGCCAAUAUGCAAGUUCGAUCCUCCAUGUCCAUUAGCGUGAACGGUCCGAACGACUUAUGGGGCCUUAUUUCGUGCCAUUCAUACGGCUCUCGAGGGAUGAGAGUAUCAUUCCCCAUACGGAAAAUGUGCCGACUAAUUGGAGACACCGUCUCUCAAAACAUCGAACGCUUAUCCUAUACGUCCCGCCUGCAAGCACGCAAGCUUAUCAACACAAUGCCGACCGAUGCGAACCCUUCCGGAUAUAUAGUCGCCUCGUCAGAUGAUCUGCUUCGACUUGUCGACGCCGACUACGGUGCUUUGUGCAUUCGCGGGGAGAUAAAAAUUUUGGCAAAAUCGCAUCAGUCACAAGAGAUGCUCGCCUUGUUAGAGUAUCUCAAAGUGCGAAAGCAUAAUUCUGUCCUCGCUUCUAACCAUAUUGUGAAGGACUUUCAGGAUCUGCACUAUCCGCCCGGCUUCAAAGAUAUUUCAGGCCUGCUUUACGUACCGCUAUCCACGGCUGGGCAGGAUUUCAUUGCCUUCUUCCGCCGCGGUCAAUUAACCGAGGUGAAAUGGGGUGGCAAUCCCAACUUAGCCAAGUUCUCUGAGGGCCAUCUGGAGCCCCGGAAGAGCUUUCAGACAUGGAGCGAGACGGUCUUGGACCGGAGCCGGGACUGGACCGAGUCCGAGGUAGACACAGCCGCGGUUUUGUGUCUAGUAUACGGCAAAUUUAUCAAAGUUUGGCGACAGCAGGAGGCCGCUCUGGAGAGCUCUAGCCUCACCAAGUUGCUUCUAGCAAACUCUGCCCACGAGGUACGCACACCGCUGAAUGCCAUUGUCAACUACUUGGAGAUUGCUCUCGAAGGAGCGCUGGAUGGCGAGACCCGGGAUCACUUGAGCAAAUCCUACUCGGCUUCCAAGUCCUUGAUAUAUGUCAUCAAUGAUCUUCUCGAUCUCACCAAUGUGGAGAAAGGGCAAAAUCUCAUUAAGGAUGAGCCCUUCGACUUGCCGACAACACUCAAAGAAGUAACUGCCAUGUUUGAAAGCGAGAUGAAUCGCAAGUCCUUAAGUUACACGGUGUUGCAGCACCCUGGGAUCCCCGAUACCGUGGUCGGAGAUCAGCGACGUGUCCGACAGUCGAUUAGCAACCUCAUUUCCAACGCAAUCCAACGCACCACAGAGGGUAAUGUGACCGUGGAAGUGUGGCACGCUCCUGGCGAAGGGGACCCGGGCAAGGCGACGAUUAAAAUUGCGGUUCUCGAUACAGGAGACGGAAUCUCACCAGCUACACUUGAGCAACUAUUUCGGGAACUGGAGCAGGUCACGGGGGAGGACGAUUCCGAGAGCCGUGGCGAUAAUGGGGAAAAUGCUUCCCUCGAGGGCGCUGCUCAAGAGAAGACGACAGUCCUGGGCCUCGGUCUGGCACUGGUUGCUCGAAUAGUGCACAACAUGCACGGACAAUUGACCGUGAGAUCUGAAGAGGGGUCAGAGAUAAAGAGUCCGGGCCUGGAAACUGGUCCGGUCGCCACCAAAGACUCCGUGGUUGCAUUUCCUACGGAGGAUAUGGUUCUUGUCGAUAGCACUUCUACUUCGAGGCAUAACAGCCAGGGAAGCGGUGCUAGCGCCCGUGGCAUUGGCCUAGAGGAUACUACACCGAAAGCUGAACUGAAGACGCCGCGUGAAGCUUUACAACCGAGACAGCCCACGGAAACAGCCUCCCAUGAACCUGAAUCCGUUGUGUCGCAGCCUGCAGAUCAAUCAGUUUCAAAGCCAACCUCUAAACCUGACAAGCCCGACUCGCCACUUCGAGUGCUCGUGGCUGAAGAUGAUCCUAUCAACGCAAAGAUAUUACAAAAGCGACUCGGAAAACUCGGGUACACUGUUAAGUGGACAGUGAAUGGAGAGGAGUGCGCGAAUGCAUACGCCGAGAACCCAACGCAGUGGGAUGUGGUGUUGAUGGACAUUCAGAUGCCCAUUCUCGACGGCAUGGACGCCACAAAACGGAUUCGCGAAUUCGAAAAACAACACAUCUCAUCGAACCUCCACACCCCCGUCUUCGCUGUAUCGGCGUCUCUUCUCGAAAAGGACGCCCAGAUGUACAUUGACCUAGACUUCGACGGAUGGAUCAUGAAGCCAAUCAACUUCGAACGACUCAACACACUUCUUGCCGGCAUCCACCAGGCACACGCACGGAACGGCGCCGUUUACAAGCCUGGUCAGUGGGAAAGAGGAGGAUGGUUCUCGCUAUAUCCGGUAUCGUGAAAUGUUAUCAUGUUAUAUCAUGUUCUAUUUUUCGAAGACGAGUCAUGAUCAGCGACGGUGCCUGGCGCACCUCGCCUUUUAAUUGUUGUGAUACCAUACUGUAAUACAUAAUCUUCGCAUAACUGGGCGAGUUGC